AUCCUUCAUCCACACCCAUCCCUCUUAAGUCCACAAUCAUCCCUCAAUCCACAUCAAACCCUCAAUCCACACCCAGCCCUCUUUAGUCCACACCCAGCCCUCUUUAGUCCACACCCGGCCCUCUUAAGUCCAUAUCCAGCCCUCUUUAGUCCACACCCGGCCCUCUUUAGUCCACACCCAGCCCUCUUUAGUCCACAUCCAGCCCUCUUUAGUGCACACCCAGCCCUCUUUAGUGCACACCCAGCCCUCUUUAGUGCACACCCAGCCCUCUUUAGUCCACAUCCAGCCCUCUUUAGUCCACACCCAGCCCUCAAUCCACACCCGGCCCUCUUUAGUCCAUACCCAGCCCUCAAUCCACACCUGGCCCUCUUUAGUUCACACCCAGCCCUUAAUCCACACCCGGCCCUCUUUAGUCCACACCCAGCCCUCUUUAGUCCACACCUGGCCCUCUUUAGUCCACACCCAGCCCUGUUUAGUCCACACCCAGCCCUGUUUAGUCCACACCCAGCCCUGUUUAGUCCACACCCAGCCCUGUUUAGUCCACACCCAGCCCUGUUUAGUCCACACCCAGCCCUGUUUAGUCCACACCCAGUCCUCUUUAGUCCACACCCAGCCCUCAAUCCACACCCAGCCCUCUUUAGUCCACACCUGGCCCUGUUUAGUCCACACCCAGCCCUGUUUAGUCCACACCCAGCCCUGUUUAGUCCACACCCAGCCCUGUUUAGUCCACACCCAGCCCUGUUUAGUCCACACCCAGCCCUCUUUAGUUCACACCCAGCCCUUAAUCCACACCCGGCCCUCUUUAGUCCACACCCAGCCCUCUUUAGUCCACACCCAGCCCUCUUUAGUCCACACCCAGCCCUCUUUAGUCCACACCCAGCCCUCUUUAGUCCACACCAAGAAAACUGGAAUAGAAUCCUUCAUCCACACCCAUCCCUCUUAAGUCCACAAUCAUCCCUCAAUCCACAUCAAACCCUCAAUCCACACCCAGCCCUCUUUAGUCCACACCCAGCCCUCUUUAGUCCACACCCGGCCCUCUUAAGUCCAUAUCCAGCCCUCUUUAGUCCACACCCGGCCCUCUUUAGUCCACACCCAGCCCUCUUUAGUCCACAUCCAGCCCUCUUUAGUGCACACCCAGCCCUCUUUAGUGCACACCCAGCCCUCUUUAGUGCACACCCAGCCCUCUUUAGUCCACAUCCAGCCCUCUUUAGUCCACACCCAGCCCUCAAUCCACACCCGGCCCUCUUUAGUCCAUACCCAGCCCUCAAUCCACACCUGGCCCUCUUUAGUUCACACCCAGCCCUUAAUCCACACCCGGCCCUCUUUAGUCCACACCCAGCCCUGUUUAGUCCACACCUGGCCCUCUUUAGUCCACACCCAGCCCUGUUUAGUCCACACCCAGCCCUGUUUAGUCCACACCCAGCCCUGUUUAGUCCACACCCAGCCCUGUUUAGUCCACACCCAGCCCUGUUUAGUCCACACCCAGUCCUCUUUAGUCCACACCCAGCCCUCAAUCCACACCCAGCCCUCUUUAGUCCACACCUGGCCCUGUUUAGUCCACACCCAGCCCUGUUUAGUCCACACCCAGCCCUGUUUAGUCCACACCCAGCCCUGUUUAGUCCACACCCAGCCCUGUUUAGUCCACACCCAGCCCUCUUUAGUCCACACCCAGCCCUCUUUAGUUCACACCCAGCCCUUAAUCCACACCCGGCCCUCUUUAGUCCACACCCAGCCCUCUUUAGUCCACACCCAGCCCUCUUUAGUCCACACCCAGCCCUCUUUAGUCCACACCCAGCCCUGUUUAGUCCACACCCAGCCCUCUUUAGUCCACACCCAGCCCUCUUUAGUCCACACCCAGCCCUCUAUCCACACCCAGCCCUCUUUAGUCCACACCCAGCCCUGUUUAGUCCACACCCAGCCCUCUUUAGUCCACACCCAGCCCUCUUUAGUCCACACCCAGCCCUCUAUCCACACCCAGCCCUCUUUAGUCCACACCCAGCCCUAUAA